AGGUAAACCGGUCGUUGUUACCGAUAAAGAGUUGAAAGCGACGCCGACAAGAUGUCUCUGCAGCACAGCAAUGCGAUCACGAGCGAAAAGGAACUGAGUCAAAGUUGCCGAAUCACGAGAAUAGUCACUAUUACAUCUUCGUCCGAGACACGAGGUUCCCUCGUCAUGGAUGCAUCAUCUCCUUUGCAAGCGAAGGAAACUGCCGAUCAGGAGGACGAGAAAACACCCAGCAAGGGAUCGAGCAUUGAAUGGAGGGAUGGGAAGGAAGCUACUGAAGCACAUGACAAGCAGGAGGCUGCAUCCCAGGAGAAGCUGAUCGAGAUCAUGAAGGAGGAUGGGGGAGACGAGGACUUUUGGGGGGGAAAGUCCGAAGAGACUUACUUCAGCCACCGACGAGAGAGUCACGAGAUGGGCGCCAUGGGUAGCUUAAUUACCCCAGAGAAAGACGAGAAAGCUACCCGACCGGAAUCACCCGCCGUCCAGUCGGAAGAGGACUACUGGAGCCACCGACGAGAGAGCCUGGUGGAGAUGGGCGCCGCCGAUCCCCCUCCCGAGGCGAACACGGAGUGCCUCCCCACGGCGACCACGGACGACUUCCAAGGGCCAGGCAUGGACGAGAUCCCAGAGGACUACUGUCUCCAGCAGCGCAGGAACAGUCGGCUGGAGAAUCUCGACCACGACUUGGACAUUAUCCUCGAAAAUGAACGCAACAGGCGGAAGUCCCAGGACGGUGGAGACAAAAAGAAAGCUGGUUCCCUCGUCGCCGAGUCCCAUCACGUACGCGAUGAGCAUGCAUCAUCUUUGCAAGCGAAGCAAACUGCCGAGCAAGAGGACAAGAAAACACCCAGCAAGGGAUCGAGCGUCGAAGCCACGUCCAAACCGGAAACGGACGGGAAGGAUGGUACUGAAGCACAUGACAAGCAGGAGGCUGCACCCCAAGAGAAGCCGGUCGAGGUCAUGAAGGAGGAUGGGGGAGACGAGGACUUUUGGGGGGGACAGUCUGAAGAGACUUACUUCAGCCACCGACGAGAAAGUCACGAGAUGGGUGAUAGCUUAGCCACCCCGGAGAAAGACGAAGAAACUACCAGACCGGAAUCACCCGCCGUCCAGUCGGAAGAUGACUUCUGGAGCCACCGGCGAGAGAGCCUGGUGGAGAUGGGCGCCGCCGAUCCUCCCCCCGAGGCGUCCACGGAGUGCCUCCCCACGGCGACCACGGACGACUUCCAAGGGCCAGGCAUGGACGAGAUGCCAGAGGACUACUGUCUCCAGCAGCGCAGGAACAGUCGGCUGGAAAAUCUCGACCGCGACUUGGAUAUCAUCCUCGCAAAUGAACGCAACAGGCGGAAGUCCCAGGACGGUGGAGACAAAAAGAAAGCUGCUGUGCCGAAGCAUGUUCCUCUGUUCGGCAUUUUAUAUCAUAGUAACUGAAACCAGGACCUUGACUGCAGGUUCGUGCGUGUGAGUGCGUUUCUAAUUUAUUUAUUAUUUAUUUUUUCUUGCGGGCGAUGCGUUCCGGCGAUGUCCCGCAUGAGUUCCGCCCCCAGGGCGGCGUGCUCACGUGAAUUUCAUUUUCUUCUUUCUGAGAGGUAGGCUAGUAUGCAGUGAAUCGAUGGAAUAAAUUGGCUCGACCACCACA